GUCUCUGUAUACAUCGUUAAUAGCACGGAUUAAUUUUUUGUUACAAUUCUUUCUACUUCAUAAUUAUACGGAAUAAUUAUCCUGUUAGCUACACAAACACGAUAAAAAAAUAUUUUCCAUAUCUCGCAUCAAUGUCAUUUUCAUAUCGCACAACGCUUGGUCUUCUCCAGUGACAACUUGACGCGUCCGAGUUUGUUCGAUGGACGAUCUUCCUCGUGUGUGAAAUUUUUAUUAGUAUACGAGAGAAAAAUACCAAUGAUAGAAAUAUAUCGAAUUGGAAAAAAAUAAAUUUCGCUUAUCUCAAUAUUACUCGAGACAAAAAAGAUACUUACGCCGAACGAUAUAAAAUUACGGCAUUCAUUCCUUCGACGUCUAAGUUUAUAGGAACGAAUGCCGUAAAAACAUUACUCGAUGAUACCAUAAUUUAGAUACGCGUAUUGUCUAUGCACCGGAAAAUAUUAUCUGAUAUAAAAUGAUCUAUAAUGUUUCUAAUGUUAGCUCUCACGCGAGGGGCCGUAGUUCGUUCGAUUAGAAUCGAAUUACGAAGUUCAUGUGCAUUUUCUCAUGGCAUUGCUCAUCUUUAAUUUAACUUAUUCCUCAGGAUCUUGCACGAGUAAUACGCGAGCAAGUAUGAUCUAUACGCCUUGAAGCGUUUAUAAAAACUAUCUCUUUCUGUUUUAUUUCUUUCUCCUUUAUCUUUUCUUUUUUCAUUUCUCUUUUAUUUUCCUAUGUCGUUUUCCAAUCGUCGAGUCGACGCAAGUGCAUAAGGAAAAAUGAACAUCGAUGAUGUCUGGACUAUCGAAUCCAAUUAUGCCUUAGGAAUGUACAAAUACAUUAUGUGGGCGACUGGCACAUGGCCGCUAGAAGAGGAAGGAUUAUUCGCGAUGGUUCGCUUCGGCGUCUCUUUUGCAUUGGAGUUCGGUAUACUCGUUUCUAUUCUGAUGGAAAUUCGACUGAAUUGUGGCACCGUCGACGAGACUCUGGAUUUUUUUGGUUUGUCCGCGUCAUCGGUGAUCAGUCUAACCAAACUAAUAUUGAUGAAGUUACAUCAGAAGGAUUUACGGAGGAUCGUCCUGUCGGCAUUGAAGGAUUGGUCCACGUUCGUCGAAGGAUCUUCGACAAAGGAUAUAAUGUUGAAAUAUACAAAUCGCGGCAAACUGGUAUGCCGUAUUCAGAUGGGUCUCGGUCUGGUUAUUAUUACAACGAUGAUACUGGAUGCUCUGCCAGCUUCGGAAUCAUCCCUUUCGGACAAUAGCACGUCUAAGGAAGAGAUCGUUAAACGAACGCCUCUUAAAAUGAUGUGCUUCUUCGGUAAUAUGUCAACGUCUACUUAUUGGACAGUUUUCGUUCUACAGGGAGUUCAACUGUUGGAUGCUGUAUUCGUCGACUGUGGGCACGACGUUUUCUUCUUCGGGAUUGCCAUGCAUAUUUGCAGUCAGUUCGAUGCACUCAAGAUAUUUUGCGACGAAUUAAACGUGGAAGACGAAGAGAAUCGUAUAGAGAAAAUCAAAGAAUUUAUCGAGAGACAUUCGCAUGUUUUGGAUCUUGCUCAUCGACUCGGGAAUACCUUCAAUUAUAUUCUUUUGGUAAUUUUAAUGGGCAAUGGGAUACAUAUAUGUUCAGCAGGGAUACAAAUGGUUGUGUUAUCGAAACAAAACGACAUAGUUUCUCUCCUUAAAGCAAUUCUUUUGUUCAACGUUCUUUUGGGACAACUUUUCCUUUACAGCUACGCUGGGGAUUAUCUGUCAUCGUUGUCCAAUAACGUCUGCCAUUUAAUUUACAAUUGCCCCUGGUACGAAUUCUCACCGAGUACUAUGCGGAAUUUAAAGUUCAUCAUUAUGAGAACGCAAAUACCAUUUCGUCUUAAAGCAGGAAGGUUUUAUGCUAUGGACAUAGAAAAUUUCAAGAAUAUCCUAAAAGCAUUUUUUUCGUAUUUUUCCCUCUUACGAAUAGUAUUCAUCGAGUGACAGUACGUAUUUCGUUUGCAUCGUACAAAGUGAUGAUCGUUGUAAGUAAUAAACAUUGUUCUAAUUAAGCUUAAUAACUUAUCGUCCACUACAAUCCAUUGUAACCUAAUCGUAUAGUUGAAUGAAAUCAAUUCAACGAAAACCAAAAUAUUAUUUUUAAUAGUAUCUCUA